AUGGCAUCAUUUGGCACGACCCAGAAAUGCAAUGCAUGCGACAAGACCGUGCAUUUUGUUGAGAUGAUGUCUGCCGAUGGCGUUCCUUAUCACAAGACUUGCUUUAGAUGCAGCCAUUGCAAUGGUCGCCUCGCGUUGAGCAAUUACUCAGCCUUGGAAGGAAAACUCUAUUGCAAGCCUCACUUUGAGCAACUCUUUAAGGAAACAGGCAGCUUUACCUCGAAAAAGAUUCAAUCUACUGGGAAGCAAGGUGAUCAGAGUAAGGCUUCAAGCAAGGUGUCGAGCCUUUUCUCUGGCACACAAGAGAAAUGUCAGGUCUGCAAGAAGACUGUCUACCCUCUUGAAAAGGUGACAGUGGAGGGAGAAUUCUACCACAAGACGUGCUUCCGGUGCGCCCACGGCGGCUGCCACCUGACGCCGUCGACGUACGCGGCGCUGGACGGAAUCCUCUACUGCAAACCGCACUUCGCGCAGCUUUUCAAGGAGAAAGGUAGCUACACUCACCUCACGGAAACCACCAAUCAGAAGAAAAACGCCGACGCCACCGCCACUGCAGCUGCCGACGAGGAGGAGACGGCGGAGCCGUCGGAGCCGGCGAAUAAUGACGAGUAG